GAUUAGUUUCGGUUUUGAAUGUCUUACUUAGUUUUCAUAAAUUAAAUACCCCUUUCUGUAAAAUAACUUGAAGGGAAUGCGAUGUAUUCGAGGCGGCAAAAUAAAUCUGUUAGCAGUAAAGCAGCAGAUACUGGAAAAGAUGUUGAGACUCUGAGAUCAGAAAUAGAAAAUGAGCAAAGAAUGACUGAAAUGUUGGAUUUAUCAAUUGAAGAGUUGCAGAAAACAAUAGAUGCUUUGGAACAGCAAGUGGAUCAUACUGAUAUUGCUGAUGAGGAUGAGUGGAAAGUUCGGUAUUACACUCAAGUAGAAGUAAAUGAACAGUUAGAGAGGCAGCGCGAUUGGUUGAUGGAAAGAGUUGAAGCUGCUAGAAAUCAAAGUCAAGAAGGUGUUUCUGCAUUAUUGGCUGAACUUGAUCUGGAUAGCUUAACAGAGAGUCAACUGCUUCGUUACUUGAAACAACUUGAAAAAGACAGAAAUUCAUUGUAUAAUGAGCUGAGAGAUAAAGAGUGGAAACUUGAUCAAGAGUCGAAGACAUUCCACAAAUACAAUGACACCCGUAAGGCAUAUAUGACAGAAAUAACAGAAGCCAUGCUAAAUUUGGAAGCCAUGAAAAGUCGUCUCCGCACUUUUGAAGGAAGUGAAAACGGAUCCAUUGCGAAGUGCCCUCGGCAUCUGAAAUACCUAAAUAUUUUGCCUGACCAAAGAGUCAUAGAUCCUAGAAAAGGACCUAUUAAGAAGACUGCUGCUGUGCGAAGCCUCCCAAAAUUAAAUACAGCUGAUAAAGAUUUUAAUGAUGACGAUGACGAUAUACUUGAUAAGCAAAGUAAAAAAUCAGCCGAAUUUUAAUUUUUAAACCUUAAUAAAUGCAGUUUUUAUGUCUCUCCCUCCUUGUAGCUGUAUCUUAAUAUAGCAAGAAUCUUUUGCACUAAUAAAUAUAGUGAAAUUGC